CCACUUUUGGGCCCGAGCCCGCCGCAGGGCAGCUCCGAAGGGGGGAUGCCCACGGACGAGCGCCGGGCCCUGGCGCUCGCGCGCGCGGCCGCGACGCGCGAGAGGCUCCUCGCGAAGCAGGACGCGGGCCCGCAGGCCGAGCUCGUCGAGGUCAGCGGCGGCGGGCUCGACGCGAGGGACAAGGAGCGGCGGCGAGCCCAGGGGCGCCUACCAGCGCAUCGAGCCGACCGCGGGCGCCAAGCUGCUGUACCGGAAGCUGGACUGGGGCGGGCAGGGAGACUUCGCCGAGAGGCGCCCGCGGUUCCUGGUGCUGCGGGAGGCCGGCGGGUGGGUCAUCACGCACGACCCGGCCCUCGACGGGAGCUUCGCGAAGCACGAGGACGGCGCCGAGUGCCCCACGCGCCUGCCGAGUGCCUGGAAGCUCUUCCAGGGGACCCGAAGGGGAAGUCGCCAAAGUUCAAGGCGGACCCAGACGUCUCGAUCAAGGAGAUCCCGCUUGGAUUCUGGCCCGUGGAGGAGCCGAGCGACGUGCGGUUCUCGGAGAUCGUCGACGAAGGGCCUCUGAGAGGCACGGAGUGCGUGUGCUCCACCGAAAGGGACUGCGGGCAGGUCCGCAAGCUGGAGAGCCGCGUGGCGAGUUCUACCUCCCGGCGAGGCUGGGGGGCGGCAGAUGCCGCGGCAGGGCGCAGCUCGCCAGAGCUGGCCUGA